UUUUCACAUUCUUGUGGAUAUUGUGCGUUCCAGCUGUGAAAACAAAAUAAACAAUGUCGCUGGUGGCAGAUUACAGUGAUUCCUCCGAAUCCGACGAGGAGAGCAGCAGUCAAUCCUCCGAGAACGAGCAGACCAAUAUUGCUCCGCCGGUGAAGGAGAAGCCUCCCCCUAAGUUGCCCAGUGCUAGCCAAGCUCUUGCCCAAGGAGCUAACAAGGGUGAUGUGUUCAACAAUCCCUUCCUGGAGGCGGAGCUGCACAAGACCGCCUCCCUGGAGCGGCACGUGAAGAUGGUCAACAACGAUGCGCAUUUGCAGUUGAAGAAUGGCCGCAAGAUUUGCUGGAACUUCAGGAGGGGUCGGUGUCGCUUUGGCACCAGCUGCCAGUAUGCCCACGAUUCCGACCUGUCAGUGGAUGAAGCGACGGAGAAGAAUGCAGUCCCAGAUCAACCAGUGCCUGUGGCCAAGGAGGCUACAGCGGGUCAUUCCAACAGGCGCAAGCGUCCUGGACUGGGUGAUGCGCUGGAGCCGGGCAAGCGGGUCAUGAAGUCCUUCAAGUCCUCACACAACCCGCAGAAUCCAUUUGCCCGGCGCUAG